AUGGAUUUCAAUACCUGGAAGAAGAAGAUGAAGGCGCUUCUAUCCCACAACAAGGUGGGAAUAGCACUGGAGAAAGAUGAAACCAAGUGGCCAGAAGAAAAGACAAAAAAGAAAGCAGAGAUAGAUGAAGAAGCAUACAAUCUGAUAAUCAUGAAUUUAUCAGACAAUGUUCUGCGAAAAGUGGAUGGUGCUCUGUUUUCUUAUAAAAUGAAUGCCUCUAAGUCAUUAGAAGAAAAUUUAGAUGAAUUUCUAAAAAUGAUAUUAGUGCUAAAAGGAACUGAUCAAGAAUUAGGUAAUUCUAGUCUUGCAAUGAUUUUGUUGAAUUCUCUACCUGAUGAAUAUUUAGUAGUAAAGAAUGUAUUGCAGAAGCAAAAGCAAAACAGUACAGAGAGUAACUUAGCAUCCUCUAGUAAUAGCAUUGAAAUCACUGAAGCCCUUAAUGUGUCUAGUUCUGAAGUUGCUAAUGAAUGGGUGCUAGACUCAGGAUGUUCUUUUCAUAUGAGCCCAAACAAAACCUGGUUUCAAAACCUUAUAACUGGUGAACCUGAAAUAGUGUUUAUGGGAAACAAUAACUCAUGCAGGGUUCAAGGGAUAGGCAACAUCACUCUUAGACUUAAAAGUGGCAGACUAAUAAUGUUAACCAGAGUUAGGUAUAUACCAGAGCUUAAGCGCAAUCUAAUCUCAUUAGGCACACUAGAUGAAGCUGGCUGUAGCUAUAGGGCUGCAAAUGGUUGCAUUACUGUUUACAAGAAUGAUCAAAUUCUGUUUGAAGGUGUUAAACGGCAUGGUCUGUACAUAUUGUGUGGUCAACAUCAUCAGUUGAAUGUUAAUUCUGCUUUUAUAUCUACUAACAUUUCAAUUGCAGAGAAAUGGCACCUAAGGAUGGGCCAUAUAGGCCAAACUGGUAUGAGCUACCUUAAACAACAAGGGGUUACUAACAUCAAUGCAGGUACAUCAAGCCACCACGUGGAGACUCCACAACAAAUAGACAGUACCCAGUUUAAGGUGGAGUCAACAAGGCAACAGGAGCUUGAGACCAACACUGAUGAACCAGAAUAUGAACCUGAGCACACUACAACUAAUACUGAACUUGAUGGUGAAGAUGAGAAUGAGGAAAACAUUGACAAUGCCCAACAGAUGAUCUGGCACAGUACCAACUAG